AUGUUGAAGAAGGACGAUGAUCGUGAGCAAAUGGUUUACUAUCAGGCGGGCAUAGGGACAUACAGCGACAAUCCUCUGCUGGCCCUACCCCUCAUAUCCCAGAUAUCCAAUACUCUAGACAGAAUGGUUGCCUGGAGUCUUGGGAGGCACGUGAGAGAUGGCUACGCGUUCCUGAUGCAGAACUAUAACGCCGGCGACAAGAUAUGCAUAUUUGGUUUUAGUCGAGGUGCAUACACCGCGCGGGCUUUGGCAGGCAUGUUGCACAAGGUUGGCCUUCUGUCCUCAUGCAACUAUCAACAACUCCCUUUCGCAUACAAAAUGUACAAACGCGACGACGAAUAUGGAUGGCGAAUGAGCGCCAUAUUCAAGAAGACAUUCUCCAUCCACGUCAAUGUCGAUUUCGUGGGAGUAUGGGAUACCGUAGCCUCUGUCGGUGUGAUACCUCGCUAUCUACCAUUAUCCAGCUCCAACGAUGCUAUUCGGAUAUUCAGACAUGCCGUGUCUCUUGACGAACGUCGAGUGCGAUUCAUCCCAAGUUUCUAUGACACGAGCAGUACUUCGCCCUGGAAUCGUUUGAUGGCAUUCCUGGAGUGUUCGAUAGAGAGCCUGGUCCAACCGACGACCCCGCAGAGCGUCCCUGAAGCUCAGGAAUUGACGGACUGCAAAGAAGUGUUUUUCGCGGGAACGCACUGUGACGUCGGCGGAGGAUCGGUAAAGAAUCACACCAGGCACAGUUUAGCACGUAUCCCGCUGCGGUGGAUGAUCCGGGAGUGUUUCCGCACCGACACAGGAAUCUUGUUCGAUGCAAGCUUACGUGAAGUUCUUGGUCUGGAUAUAGAUCGCCUGAGAGCAGGGGACAUGUCUGAGCCAGAGCGCAUAAGUCCUGGCUCGCAAGAUUCAUUACCGACGAGACCGUGUGCGAUGACAACCCCUUGCAGCGCGCUGACAGUAUGGGACACCAUCUCAUAUGUUAUGUCAUGCGUCUCGUUCUUGGUCUUCAGCCUCUAUGCGUGGAUCUUCUGCCGGCCCGCACCCAGAAUUAACGAAGGCGCUAGCGUUCUUCUGGCUAGAGAGCCGUGCAUCCAUGGUACCAAGCAGCGGUUAUUCGAAGGUGAAGCCGUUGAAGAGCUGCAUGAUGCCUUGUCGCCAAUGUAUGAUCAAAUGAAUGCUAUGCUUCUUUGGCGCCUCAUGGAAUGGGUGCCGCAGAAGGUGAAAUUAGAUCUGAACGUCGCGGAUGGCAAGGAUGACUACGUCUGGAUGUGA